CUCUGAUAUUCCCCACUCAGCUCUCCGCAGCACACACACGGAGCUCCAGCUACUCACACACUCCGUCCACACUUUCUUUCCACAUCUCUCCUCCCGCCGUGGCUGAGAGCGGCACCAUCACACAGAGCAGCAGAGGCUACCUGUGCGCACUGCGGCCGGCCCCUUUUCCUGUCAGGAACACAUUCAGAGAAGGAACGAAACUCAAACACGAGAGGACAUUCUUACAGAGACAGGGGAAAGAGAAGCCACAACUUGUCUGCUUCCAACCCAGUCGUUUUGAACUGAACUCGGAAGUUUCUCGGCUGAUCGGAGAAGGAAUAAUUCGGAGCCCGGCUGCCCCACACAGCGCUGUUGUGGAUAUUUACGUCCACCUUGUUUAGAAGAAUGGCGAGAGAUCACCCAGCACGCUGCCCGGUCUCUCCGGUGAGAAACACUUUGCUGAUAGCGGCAUCGAUCCUCCUCGCAGCUCAAGGGAUCGUAUCUCAGAAAGUGCGUGUAGAGGAGGAGGUGGAGGCGUACCCCACAGAGUCUGUUGAUCUCCGCUGCGAGUUCAUCGAUGGAGGAGGCCGGACCAAACUCACACAGGUGUCUUGGAUUUGGGAACCCAUUGAUGGUCAGAGGGACAACAUUGCUGUGUACCACCCUAUCUACGGACAGAGUUUCCCCAACCCUUCCUUCAAGGACCGGGUUGUCUUCCUCCACAACACCCUGGAGAACCCGUCCAUUAGGAUUUCUAACCUUAAAAUGUCCGACACCGGUCGAUAUACCUGCGAGUACGCCACCUACCCUUCUGGAAACGAACAAGGGACAACCACCCUCAUCAUGCUUGCUAAGCCUAAGAACUCUGCCAACGUUGUGACCGUUCAGGCCGAGACCAAGUCGGUGGUGGUGGCCACGUGCGAGGCAAUGGACGGCAAACCAGCGGCCACCAUCAAAUGGUUGGGGUCAGUUGGAGGCAACCACACCACCAACACCACCAACGGGCCGGAUGGCACAGUGACGGUUCGCAGCGAGUACCGCCUGGUUCCCACGGCAGCAGAUAACGGCAGGGAGGUGACCUGCAUGGUGGAACAGAAGACUCAGGAGCGACCGUGGGCUCACACCGUCCAGCUCUCGGUGGAAUACCCCCCCUCUGUGUCCAUAGAAGGAUAUGACAACAACUGGUACGUCGGGCGCUCAGACGCCGUGCUGCUCUGCAUGGCCAGUGGCAACCCUGUGCCCACCACCAUCACCUGGACCGCGGCGUCGGGGGCGAUGCCAGACACAGUAGAGGUGAGCGGCAACAAGUUGACGGUGAGGAAGGUGGACGACGCCGUCAACACCACUUUCAUCUGUGAGGUCAAGAACAAGCACGGGGCCAGCAGGCACCAGAUUACCACCAUCGUCAUCGAAGAGCAGAGACCAGUCACCCCGGGCCCGUCGUCAGGUGCGGUUAUUGGCGGUAUCCUCGGCGCCCUGGCCUUCAUCGGCAUCAUUGUUGGCAUCAUCUUUUUCAUUCGCAAACGCCAGGAGGACGGAGAGGCCCCCCCCAAGCACAAGCCCCCUCCCCCUGUGAAGGCAGGCAGCUCGACAGAGAUGCUGAACAAGCCGUCGGAGCCUCCCACGGCCACAGAGACCUUCCCCCUCCGCCCAGAGGUUUACUACGAGACCACAGGGGGGGAGCCUGUCACGAACCUUGACGAGGAGUCCGGCGGGGCCCUGAACGGCGGGGCCCCCAAGGUCCUGGACGACUCGGUCAAAUAUGACAAGGUCAACGAGCUCAAAGACCACGCCAACGACGGUUUCCGUGGGAACGACUUCAAUCACGACCAACCGGCUGCCAACAUCUCUCGCGGCGAGAGCUUCGUAUCUCCCGCCAUGUAUGUGUAACUGUGGCAACCACAGCACCUCAUCACAGGCGAAUGGGCAAGUUCCAGGUCACCUACAUUUGCAUGAAAAGCAAAGGCGUGCACUUUGGUUUCCACAUUAAAAAUAUCAUCUAAUAUUCAAGAAUGUUACGUUUUAUCCUACAUGAGGUGAUUUUUAAUUGUUUUUCUUUGCUGGGCAUAUUUAGAGGGUGUUACUGUAUGGGUGUUUUGCAUCUUCCAUUAAAAAAGUGUUUAACAAUGUUUUCCUUUCUGGUGAAGCCAACUGAGAAAUAGUAAUGUUAGCAAGGGGGAAAAAAUACUUUUCAAAUAUCUGGUUAAAGUACAAAGUAUCAACAUUUUCAAAGCUAUUUAGGCUGCACACACAGUGUAGUUCAUGAUAUCUGACAAGCCAGGUAGCCAUUGAAAUCAUUUGUGCAGAGCAUGUGAUGAGGUGGUCUUUGACAAUAUGUUAAUUAUGCGGUUGAGAGAUGUUGCAAUGUAAGUGAACUGGAACACUCCCCUCAGCUAAUUAACACAUCUCUCUCUGCCUGUGUGAUGCUUGCCAAUCUGAAUUUCAGCCAAAAAAAUGCGAGAGAACAGCUUUCAAGGAAAUUCAGUAUGAAAUAUUAUAUGCAACAUGCUGUGCUAUGAACAUACACUGUCCCCAUUGCAAAAUUAAUGUUUUUAAGUGAAGCUACCACUUCUGGGCUUUUCUGUUUACAGCUGGGGAAAGUGAUUUAAACAUAUUUUCCUCUCAUGAUGAAGAUAAAACAUCAGGCUUGUACUACAGAAAAGGAGAUACCAUCUUUUAAUUGUUUUAAAGUACUCUUAAUCAACUGUUGAUUGGGUUUACAUUUGCUCCCAAUUAGUUCUGGCUCUCCAAGCAGCUUCAAUUAAUAUCUCAAGAUGUUUGAAAGUAUUUCAGUUAUUUUUCAACUUUACAAUAAUCAAGAAAAACGAAACAUAAGCCUUUCCCACUCUUGCCAAGGCUACAGUCCAAUGAAGAAACAUUCCACUUUAUUAUGUUGUCAAAGAGCCUUGUCUGUCCCCGGAGCGCAGGGCGGCUCGUUAGUGUUAACGAAGGGGAAGUGACAUAUUUUUGAAGCUCUGUAACCUGGCAACAUUACAUGAUUAAGAUUCCAUGAUUCAUAUUUGCAAGAGUUGGUAAGGCUGUUUGUCUUGGGCAGAUGAAAGACAGUUUACAGCUGACCACACACACCACAGGGUUUACGCACACACACACACACACACACACACACACACACACACACACACACACACACAAAACACCAAUGUUUGUAUUCAGUCCUCUAAUAAAUCACAGUAAUAAGGCUGAGAAAACGUUAUAGGAAUGUAAUUUGAGUGUGAAAAUGCUCAGCAUGUAUUAGACAAAGUACUGCCAUUACAGCCAUUUUAGACGAUUUAAAAUGGUCACACACUGAUAUAUGCAGAACAUUUCACUGAUGUAGAAAAUUUGCAUUCUGCAUUUUGUCCUCAAAAAAAGAGAAAAAGGUGAGCAACAGCUGUGCCGGGCUGAAACUAAAUGUGGUAUUCAUAGAUGUCAUAUGGUACCAAAUGAUGAACAAACUGUGUAAAUAAUAUUGAUGAAUAAUAUAUUGUUGGUGAAAUGUGUACACAUACAAAAAAAUAAACAAGUGUAGGUGUUAUCAGUGCCUCUGUACAGGGGAAUGGAAGUUUGUUAAAUGUCAAAUUGAGCGAUUUAAAAAAACAAAGUGUAUAUUACUAUUUUACUUUUCACGGGUAUACUUUGAGGUUGUCACUUAAUACUAAAACUUUUUAUUUGAAUAUAUGAAAAAAAUCAAAUGAAAUGGUGUGGAUUUUACUCCUUGUUCAUAAUAAUCUGCAUGGCAUGAUCGGUGGCUCGUUGAAACACUUUCCCAAGGCUGUUUGCAGAAUAAUCUUCUCCAUUUGUACAAACAUUUUGAAUGUCAAAAAAUGUGAAAAGCUGUUUUGUUUUUUUAAUCUCCGUCCCAAUGCAUCUGUCAAAUUUACGCACACCACGAGCACAAGUCCAAUAUAUGUUGUGAGAGCGGGGGCUUUUUUUUUUGGUCUUGUCUCUGCAGGCUUCAUGUUUUUGUUUUUAGCGCUGUUCUGAAAAUACAGUCAGCAUGGAAUCGGAAUCUCACGUAGAGGUGCAAUCAUUCGUCUCCUCUCGAGUUCUUACUAAAGACCUUGAGACAAACAACAAAUGUAUCUCAUGUAACCUCAGGAUACAUUUGUGACGAGGUUAACCGCACUAGUAAAAAUCACCCAAAAAAGCACAUGGUCAGGUACACUGCAUUUGUAUGAAAGAUAUUAAAGAUGUACACAGGUGGAAAGACACAAACUGAGACAUAAAACCAGAUUAAUAGAAUGAUAUGAUAAGAGGAAGGAAAUGUUGACAGUCUAAAAAGAUUCCGACAUGAAAAAGUAGACAUUUCUUAUCACAGCUUUCCCGUUUUACCAGGUCGGCACAAAAUGCAAUAUUUAAUUUUUUCUGACGUAUGACAAUCAUCAGUUAAUAUCCAAUCGUGGCUAGCUUUGGUGGAGAAGUUUUCCUUGUUUGUUUAUAUUUUUGUCAUUAUAGAAGCACCCCUUCAUGCUACACAGUAACUUCAUGUUAGAUGCUAACUGGAUAUUCUUUGGUUGGUUUAGUUGCAAUAUUUGGUUCAGGACAGAUGCAGGAUAAGUAGGGACUUCUAUGAUGGCUAACGGUGGAAAAGUUUCUUUAUUUCAGUUUUUUUUGGUUUCUGAGAUUUUAAAAGGGAAUGUCUGCAUGCUGCAUGGACCAAAGGAAGAUAUACUGUUCCCAGUUUUGUGAGACGAGUCUGAGCUCAUGACACGUGAAUGUCUUUCCGACUCCCUUAUACGGUGCAGUGUCAGACAAUCAUGUAUGAAAAUCCCUGUUAGAGAACAAAUCCUGUGAAAAGUGGAAUUAAAUGUGAUGGCUUUGCUCUUUUGUUUGCAAAUGAAUUCCCUGAAAUUAUUGAAUAUUUAUUCUUUUGUGGAUUAAUGUGUCUAAUGUGUUUGCCAGCGGGCUGCUGUUGAUAGAUUGAGCAUAGAGAAAAAGACAAUCAUUGGGAACCAUUAAAACAGAGACCAAUGACUCAGCAAGCAUUCAGUAUCGAGUUUCAGCUCCUCCGUCUCAUGUGAGGGAUCGUUCAGUUUUACCCAGAGCCUUACGUUUGAUAGAGAUGCGUCAUUUGGAGAUAUCUUGAAUUACAAUCUUGACUUUGGCAGGAAUUAAGUCAUGAAGCUGCCAACUAAACGGAAAUUACAAAGAAGUAUUAACUCCGAGUGAGUUUACAGGCGGUAUUUGUUUAAGAUGGUGGUGUGGGAGAACUGCAGUGAUUUCAGAUGCAUUAGCAGUUAAAACAAGGCCCCGGGUCCAUCCCAUCUGUAACAGAUGCAGUGUUGCAUUCUGGCCAAGGUGCUUUACUCCGUCCCCCGUUAUGGGUUCGAUGCCAGGAACACAAGCUGUGAAUGUCCUCAAUGAUGCUGUUCGGUCUGAAUUCGAUCCCCUCCCUCAUUUGCCCUCGUUUUUUUUAUUUCCCCCCUCUCUCCCAUCUCUCUCUUUCAUCCAUUGUCAUCACAGCUUUUCAUCACGGAGCCAGACGUGCCUUCUUUAUGUUAUUUUUAGCUUUUCAAUUCUCACAUGACAUGUAGUACAGAUGAUGAAAGGGGGAAAACACACCAACACAUGAUGAGUUUGACAUCCAGGAUGACAAUGCUAAAAAAAUCACACACACACACUCUGGAGAUGUAAUCAUAUAUUUUUGGGUGUUGAUCGAUUUUCUUUCAUUUAUUUUGUGUAUCACAGAUCGAUUAUCAUUUUGUAUGCUUUUUGGGAAACCUAUUGUACAUGUUUUACAGAUCAUUGUCUUGUCUAAUAAAAUGUAAACCAAAA